UCACCCGCAUCACGGACGUCACCUGCACCACGGACAUCACCCGCACCACGGACAUCACCCGCACCACGGACGGCACCCGCACCAUGGACGCCACCCGCAUCACGGACGUCACCUGCACCAUGGACGUCACCCGCACCACGGACAUCACCCGCACCACGGAUGUCACCCGCACCACGGACGUCACUGGCACCACGGAUGUCACCCACACCA